CUACCUGCUCGUUACUCCCUCUUUUUCUCGAUCUGGAAUAAAAGAAAAAAAGAAACUGAAAAAGGCACAAAGGGUUUUUGGAAGCAAAGCAGAGCGAAGAACUGUGUGAAGCCAGAGCUAUCGAGCAUGUUCGAGUCUUAGCACAUAAAAUCGAUGGUCGUCAAGAAAAGGCUACUGAAUAAGAUGCUGUUGAAAUCUUGAUGUAUGAGAGUUUACAUUUUGCAUACGGCUUGCUUGAGGUGUUGAUCUCUGUGACUUCUAUCACCAUAUGGAAUAAAGGCAUCAUUAGCCAAAUAAUUCUUUCGUUCCCUAUAGCAGUUUUUACUGGGAGAAAUAUGUUUGCUGAAAGGAGUAAACAAGAACACACUUAUCCAGGAUGGGAAGGAGAUGGCAUCAGUGCUUUAUACUUAUCGCAGCUGUGUCAAAGCACUUCCUCAGGGGGUAUGUUGGAAUUCACAGUUCGGGAUUCAGAAACUUUCUGCUGAAACCGGAGCUGCUUCGAUCUAUUGUGGAUUCUGGUUUUGAACAUCCUUCCGAAGGCAAAGUUUUAAACUCAUGUCUGAUGUUAACAUUCGUGAAUUCCAUGAAUUAAGUCAUUUUGUUUUUCUUGCUUUUAGUGACUUAUAAUGGUGGGCAGUAUACAAGUUUGGUGCUUUAUUAUUUUGAUUCUAUAUUUAUAUUUAAUCUAAUUUUUAUUAUUUAUUUUA